ACGAGAAGUGUAAAAUCCCAUCUGAGUUAUAUCUCCGGGAGAUCGAGAUCUGUGCUCUCUCUCUCUCUCUCUGUAUCUUCAUGUAUACAUAAUUGUAUUGCAAUAUAACUCCAUAACUUUCAGUCUGUGUGUGAAAAAUAGCAGAAAAAGUGGAAGCGAAGAAGAUGAUGGGAGGUGGAUUGUUCGCCGUCGUUUUGAUCGUAUUGUGUACCUCAAUUCAGGUGAGAUCGGACGGAUCAGAUCACAAAUACAAAGUCGGAGAUCCGGUGCCUCUUUACGCGAAUAAAGUUGGGCCUUUUCAUAACCCUAGUGAAACAUACCGCUUCUUUGAUCUUCCCUUCUGUUCCCCAGCUCAUCCAAAAGAAAAGAAGGAAGCUCUUGGGGAAGUGUUGAAUGGAGAUCGUCUCGUCAGUGCUCCUUAUAAACUAGACUUUCUGCAAGAUAAAGACUCUGAAAUUGUUUGCAAAAAGAUAUUAUCCAAGGAAGAAGUAGGACAGUUCCGAACUGCUGUCUUAAAAGAUUACUAUUUCCAAAUGUAUUAUGACGACUUGCCGAUUUGGGGAUUCUUGGGGAAAGUUGAGAAGGAAGGAAAAUCCGAUCCCAGCGAGUAUAAAUAUUAUCUAUUCAAACAUCUCCAUUUCGAGAUCUUUUACAAUAAAGAUCGAGUUAUUGAGAUUAAUGCACGAACUGACCCUAAUGCCCUUGUAGACCUCUCGGAGGAUAAGGAAGUUGAAGUAGAGUUCAUGUACUCAGUAAAAUGGAAGGAAACAAAUACUCCUUUUGAGAAGAGAAUGGAGAAGUAUUCACAGUCUUCUUCACUACCUCAUCACUUGGAAAUCCAUUGGUUCUCAAUAAUCAACUCAUGUGUGACAGUUCUCCUCUUAACUGGUUUCCUGGCCACUAUUCUUAUGCGGGUCCUCAAAAAUGAUUUUGUCAAGUAUGCUCAUGAUGAGGAGACAGCUGAUGAUCAAGAGGAAACUGGGUGGAAGUAUAUUCAUGGUGAUGUAUUCAGGUAUCCAAAGUACAAAUCUUUGUUUGCGGCUGCCCUUGGUUCUGGAACCCAGUUGUUUACACUCACGAUCUUUAUUUUCAUCCUUGCACUCGUUGGUGUAUUUUAUCCAUACAACCGUGGAGCUCUGUUCACUGCACUGGUUGUCAUUUAUGCUCUUACAUCUGGGAUUGCUGGCUAUACUGCAUCCUCUUUUUAUUGCCAACUAGAAGGAACUAACUGGGUCAGAAAUUUAUUGUUGACUGGAAGUCUGUUUUGCGGUCCGCUGCUUCUUACAUUUAGCUUCCUUAAUACUGUUGCCAUUGCUUACAGUGCAACUGCAGCAUUGCCAUUUGGUACUAUUGUGGUCAUCUUUCUUAUAUGGGCCCUUGUUACAUCACCUUUGCUAGUUUUGGGUGGGAUCGCAGGGAAAAACAGCAGAGCAGAGUUUCAAGCUCCUGUUCGUACCACAAAAUACCCACGAGAGAUCCCACCGCUACCUUGGUAUCGUGGAACUCUUCCUCAGAUGGCAAUGGCUGGAUUCCUGCCUUUCAGCGCCAUAUAUAUUGAGCUUUACUACAUAUUUGCCAGUGUGUGGGGCCACAGGAUCUAUACCAUUUACAGUAUCUUAUUUAUAGUCUUCAUCAUCCUCUUGAUUGUUACUGCUUUUAUUACCGUGGCUUUGACGUACUUCCAGCUUGCUGCCGAAGACCAUGAGUGGUGGUGGAGGUCUUUCCUCUGCGGUGGAUCAACUGGGCUAUUCAUCUAUGGCUACUGCCUGUAUUACUAUUAUGCACGAUCUGAUAUGUCAGGCUUCAUGCAAACCUCAUUCUUCUUCGGAUACAUGGCUUGCAUUUGCUAUGGCUUCUUUCUCAUGCUUGGUGCAGUUGGUUUUCGUGCAGCGCUCUUCUUUGUCCGUCAUAUAUACCGCUCGAUCAAGUGCGAGUAGUAAGUCAUCAGCUGGUCAGUCUUCCAUGUUCUACAGAAUGCUGCAUAAAUAUGGUAAGGCAAUUUGUGAUGAAAGAUAACAAUAUAGGACAAUAGGACUUCUAAAGUGGGAUAUUGUAUUAUCUUACUACGUCAGCGUUGAAUACAUUUGGUCAUUUUUGAUUUACAGCUCGACAAUUUACGGAGUUAUGCUAGCUUUAGUGUUUUCCGAAUUUUGGCUUUUAAAUACUAAAUGAAAUGAUAGAAUAGGCUCAUGAGAAUGGCGUACGUGAAUAUAAUGUUUAUAUUGUAUUUGAGGUCGUUUGCAGAUUCUGUUUC